UGGUCUUUCUGGGAAGUUUCAGUGGCCUAGGUUACCACGCGGUCCACGUUGUGACAAGAAAGUCAGAGAAGCCGAAUAAUAAGUAUCGCAAGAGACCAGGGCUCCACGGACUCACUACUCUUCUUCCACUUUACCCAAUGGCGCACGUCUUUCCCAAACCCAGCCACUCUGGGAUUCGCUCCACAAUCUACAACUUCCAGAAUCUGGACUACGUUCCAUGGCAGCGGUCCAAGCAGAAAACCAAGUCACCUACUCUGCCUCCCAUCCUACAAACCAGAGGCCACCAGAAGAGCAAAACGAAGACUUUGACUAGCGUCCUGCCAGGGUUGCAUUCCAAGCCCACCACGUCUAUGACAAGCCAACUGAGGAAUCCACAAGAAAAGCAUAGAGGGAGGUUGGACUCCGGGAAGACACAGAAGAAAAUGCGGCUUUUGAGGGCGUUGCUCAGGAACAGGCAAACCACGCUGCAGGAGCUCUCCAGCCAUGAGGUCUUUCUCACCAAGCUCAACCUGGAGCUGAUCAAGGACAUCCAGGACAUGGAAGACAGCUCGGCCCUGAAAGUGCGCACGAUGCUGCAGGAGCAGGACAUCCUCCAGACUAUCGUGGACAUCUUGGAGUACUCGAACAAGAAGAAGCUGCAGCAGCUCAAGUGUGAACUUAAGGAGUGGGAGGAGAAGGAGGAGUCCAAGAUGAAGUCCCUGGCGCAGCAGGUAGAGCAGCUGAAUGCCAAGAUUGAGAAGACCUCCAAGGAAGUGAGCUUCCUGAGCACGUACAUGGACCAUGAGUAUCCUGUCAAGUCGGUCCAGAUCGCCAGCCUUGUGCGUCAACUGCAGCAGAUAAAGGACAACCAGCAGGAUGAGCUGGAUGACCUUGGUGAGAUGCGCAGAAUGGUCCUGCAGUCUUUGUCUAAUCAGAUUCAGAAGAAGAAGAAAAAGCUUCUGCAAGCUCUGGUGGUGAAAAGCCAGCAGCCCCAUCAGGAAGCUCUUCUGCAGAAGACCCGGGACAACCAGGACAUGCUGAAGUACAUGGACAAGUUCCGAGAAUUUAUCAACCAGUUUGAGGAGGAAAUACCCAUACUGAAGGCCGAGUUGGAGCAGCUCCAGGUGCAGGUCCAGGAGCCCCGAGAGAUCGUAUUUGCAGAUGUUCUGCUUCGGAGACCCAAGUGCACCCCAGACAUGGACGUCAUCCUCAACAUCCCCGUGGAAGAGCUGCUGCCCUUCUAGAUGCCGGGUCCAGGGGCCAGCCUUUCCUCCCUGCUCUUUUUCCUAUACCUGGAGCCUUGACUUAUCUUCUUCUCUGAGCGCAUGCCCACUUUCAGAGCCUGGUCUCCUCUUCCUCCCUUCCUUCCUUCCCCGCCUCCCUUUCUCUCUCUUUUCCUUCCUUCUUUCCUUCCAUCCUUCCUUUCUUCCUUCCUCCCUCCCCG